UAGCCUAUACGCUCACUCCGUCACAAGUGAGCCCACUCCUAUCCUAUCCUCGUGGCUGCAGCAGCGCUGUGCCGAUCAACAUCACUAUGAGGUGCAAAGGUGGAAAGAUCUGCUCGCCUUGUGGAUGCUCCUGCUCCUGUUCGAGCUUUAUUAGAAGAUACAAUGCCCAUCAGUAUUGUUCCAGAUUCACGAUCUUUUGAGCAGUGAGAAUACGCGAAGAGAAGAGCAACAAGUCUUGAAGAGUAAUUAGGGUACUAGCGAGCGUGAUUCCUUCUAGCAUCAUCGUAGUAAUUUAGAUUUUAUCUGACACGACGACAAAAAAUGGCGGGAGUUCGACGCAAGAGCAGCAAGGGCGGCAAAGGUACUAAUUGCUUUGCAUCGAUUUUGCAGAAGCUCCUUUGAGAUGAUGGCGGUGUCACUCACUUAUUAUGUGUUGAAAUCAAUGAGUUAUGAUUAUUGAAGUUCGCGGUGUCACUUACUUAUGUGUUGAAAUCAAUCAGUUAUGAUUAUUGAAGGUCUUCUUCUCGUCAGAGACUUGACCGAAGUCCUCUCUACAUUCUUACUCCUUCGAAAUACUGAUCUUAGAAAGUCCUAGGUCCAUCUUAUUACUGAUCUUUGAUUCAGGUGCCCGAAAGUCAGACAAAGGUGCUGGAAAGAGAGGGUGGGGAAGCACGAUAGUUUCAAAAACCGAUGCAAAAACCUCAGAAACGAAGAAGCCGACGAAGAAAGGAAAGGGUAAGAACAAUUGUAUACUUUUAUCGUCGUGCACUGCAGUAUCGCUAUGAUUUGUACCUUUGAAAGAGCAAUGCCGUGGAAAGACGUGAAUUCGUAUGGUACGUAGAAGCAUCACAGUGUCUCAAAUUAUCCCUACUCACGAUGACAAACAGGUAGAGGAAAGAAAGCCAAGAAAGAGCCUAAAAAGGAGGCAAAAGCAGAGGAUUUGGAUAGGGAGUUGGCCGAAUACAUGGGUGAGGACGUAAUGGAGAAACGCCUGGAUGGCGAAUUAGAUGCGUAUAUGAAUAAGGCCUAAGAUUGACCUACGGCGAGCACGGAUGCAAUCUACUGCGGUAGGCCUAGCAGCCACGCAAAAAAGUAGAAGGAAUAAAUAUGGAAGACAGUUUUUGUGUGUCUUGACUGGGUUGGCAGAUACCGGAGAACUUGUGGUCGACAAAUCUCUACAUUUAUUGAUGAGCUACACCUAAUGAAAAGAAAUGAACUGCGCGUUUUCUCGCGCUCCUACUUGCGACUCUUUUUGACCCACGACAACUGACUUACGACUCCCCCUUACAUACAAUGAAAUGAACGAACGCAGCAAUGAGCACGGUCUCUUGCAAGAAAAAGCGCUAGAU